CGAUUUAUUCCACUGAACAGGUUUCCGCUGAGAAGAAAACGUGAUAUUCGAGUUCUACGCAGUACUGACUACAAAACCAAAGUAAUCGCUGAAUAUGUACGACAAAAGUAUAGCCACUGCAAGGCAGAGAAGACAGAGCUGUCGAAAGGAUUCUCGAUAACACUCAGUAAUUAUGGAGAUACACAAUAUGCUGGACCGAUCACGAUUGGUACCCCGCCACAGAAAUUUCAGGUACUAUUCGAUACAGGCUCGUCGAAUUUAUGGGUACCAUGCUCGGACUGUUCAAUAUUCGACAGUGCAUGCCAGAAUCACGCUCAAUUCAGUUGUUUCUUCUCGUUCACAUGCAUGCCUUCGUUCAAGCAUUUUCAUAUUGAUUACGGUAACGGUUCAGUUGGUGGUCACGUUGUGCACGAUCGAGUUUGCUUUGGUGAUAAACCAACACCUGGAUAUUGUACGAAUCCUUUCCAAGGAUUUGCAUGCGCUACACAUGAGCCAGGCGAUACAUUCACGGAUGCACCAUUCGAUGGGGUGCUGGGUAUGGCAUGGGAUUCAAUUUCGGUGAAUUCAAUUGCGCAACCAAUGCAUCAAAUCUUCAGAAAAGAAUCGUGUAAGCAGAAAUUGUUCGCAUUCUGGUUGAAUAUGAAUGAGGAUUCGGAAUAUGGCGGUGAGCUGACAUUGUGUGGCAUCGAUGAGACGCGAUACAAGGGUGAUUUGACAUGGGUACCGUUAAUAGCUGAAACGUACUGGCAAAUCCGCAUGGACGAGGCGAGAGUUGGCAAUCAAGCGAUUUCUGGAUCAGUUGCAGGAGUGGUCGAUACGGGUACUUCGCUGAUUGUUGGGCCGACUGAGAGUGUUAAUAAGAUAAUCAAAGCUUUGGGGGCAACGCAAGACGAUGAUCAAAUCAUGGUGGACUGUGAUAGAACUGGUUCACUGCCGAAUAUCACAUUCGUGUUGGCCGGGAAACAGUUCAAGCUGACACCGUACGAUUAUUUAUUCCAGUUCGAAGACGGCAGCUGUGUACUGGGUAUACAAUCAGGUGAUGUUCCACCGCCAAUGGGUCCAUUUUGGGUCUUGGGUGAUGUUUUUCUUGGCAAGUAUUAUUCCGUUUUUGAUCACCAAAAUAGACGAGUGGGAUUUGCGACUGCGGUUUGA